AUGGUUCGUUGCGGUUCUGGUCGGAUUGCCGAUGCGGCCAAGGGAGACCAAAGCUCCGAAGCUGAGUGGUCUGCGAGUGACGAUAUCGCCGACUUCGUCCAGGAGCUCUACCUCAAGGAGCUCAAGGCCUACAAGCCUGCCGCCGUCAAGGACUCCGACGCCCAGGGCCAGGUCCAGACCUUCUCCGUCCCCCAGACCCCCAAGUCCCCCGAGGAGACCGACCUCGCCGCCAGCCUGAAGGAGUACGAGAGCAUGGCCGUCGAGGUUGAGGGCCAGGACGCCGCCGUCGCCGCUGGCGGCCAGCCCGUCCAGCACGACUGGCUCAUGAUCGAGGAGGACGAGGAGGAGCCUCACCACUAG